GCGCCCUUCCCCGGAAUGGUUCCUCCCGCCGCGGCUCCCCCCGCGCCGCGCGCGGUGGUGGCGGCCGGCGCGCGGCGUGACGCGCGGGCCAUGGCGGCCAUGGCGGCGCUGCCCCCGGGCGCGCUGUCGCCGCCUGGCGGGGGCGCGGCGGACGCGGCGGGGCCUGAGGGCGCCGAGGGCCUGUUCGUGCUGCUGGGCGCGGGGCUCGCCGCCGCCAGCCACCCCCUGCUCUACGUCAAGCUGCUCGUGCAGGUUGGGCAUGAGCCUCUACCUCCAACCAUUGGCAGAAAUGUGCUGGGAAGGAAGGUCCUGUACCUGCCUGGCUUCUUCACCUACGCCAGACACAUCGUGGAAGUGGAUGGGAAAAGAGGCCUCUUCCGUGGCCUGACUCCUCGCCUCAUCUCAAGCACUUUAUCAACCAUCACCAGGGGGAGUGUGAAGAAGGCUUUUCCACUGGAGGACAUGGAGCAUGUAUCUAACAAGGAUGAUGUGAAAACUUCGCUUAGGAAGGUGGUCAGAGAGACAUCCCAUGAGAUGAUGAUGCAGUGCGUGUCCCGGGUGGUCUCACACCCGCUGCACGUGAUCUCCAUGCGCUGCAUGGUCCAGUUCGUGGGCCGGGAGGUCAAAUACAGCGGUGUGUUCACUGCCAUUGGCAGGAUACUUAAGGAAGAAGGGAUCCUGGGAUUCUUUGUUGGGUUGGUCCCUCACAUCCUGGGAGAUGUCAUCUUCCUGUGGUGCUGCAACCUCCUGGCUCACUUCAUCAACACCUACGCAGUGGAUGACAACUUCAGCCAGGCAUCGGUGAUCCGGAGCUACACCAAGUUCGUGAUGGGGAUCGCUGUGAGCAUGCUGACGUACCCAUUCCUUCUCGUGGGAGAUCUCAUGGCAGUGAACAACUGUGGGUUGCGCGCCGGCCUCCCUCCCUACGCUCCCGUCUUUGCAUCCUGGAUCCACUGCUGGAGGUACCUCAGUGCUCAGGGGCAGCUGUUCCGUGGCUCCAGCCUGCUGUUCCGCAGGGCGCCCAUCCCAGCCGCCUCCUUCCCCAUCGACUGACGCCUCGGCAGGGAGAGCUCUUCAACUUGGACUCCUCAAGAAAUCCCAAGCUUGUUUCGAUAUCUGUAUAUUUCUAUUUUCUGAUCCAAAGUCCAUGGUGCCAGAAAUGACACCUCCUCUCCAGCAAGGCCAGCAACAGACUUCU